AUGCCAGUGUGUGUAUAUGAAGGUUGUUUUAGUGGCAGUAAAAGGCAAGACAAAAAACAAAUACCUGGUGUUCAUCUCCAUACAUUUCCCAAGCAUCCUGAACUGCGUCAGAAAUGGCUCCAACAGAUCCAGAAGGGAACUACUAUAAAAUAUGUGAAUUUUGAAAAAGAUGUAGUAUGUUCUCUACACUUUUCUGCACAUCAUAUGAAAGAAAAAUCGUAUGCUCAAAAAGUGGCUGGUUAUUCACCUGUAAAUAACAGAAGGCUUAAACCGGAUGCAAUACCUUUAAGUGUUGAAGGUAUAGAUUAUGAUGAUAUCCCAUAUUUAAGAUCUCCAUUAGUUACAACACCAAGUGGAGUAUUUAGCAUUACACAUUUUGAAGAGUCUUCAUCUAAUAAAAAUGUUCAACAUAUAUAUAUUGACAAAGUUGGAGAAUAUAUAAUUUCACCUAGCGGUAUUUUUACCAUCAGCCCAAUUGAAAAUGCUGGCAAUAAAAAGUGUCGUGUUAAAUUGUUUACUGGUGAUAAUGAAAAUGUACAGCAUAAUGAAUUAGGACUAUUCUAUUCAAGGAGACACAAUGGAUAUCAAAGAAAAAUUGACAUGUUGUGUUUUGAUGAGACAUAUAUAUCAAAGAGAAUAUGCUUUGAUAAAAAAAAUGAACAAGUUAUAGGCCCUCAUAAAUCUGUUCAAACAGUGAUUGCACGAGGAUUAACAAAUAACUGGAAGCAACCAAUAUAUUACAACUUUGAUGAGCGGAUGACAAAAGAAAUAUUAUAUAAAAUAAUAGAGGAGUUGAGUGAAAUUGGUUUCAAUGUAGUUGGUAUAGUCAGUGACAGUGGUUCUACAAAUGUAGGCUUAUGGAAAAGUUUAGACAUUUCUAUUGAUAAUACUUCAUUUGAACAUCCAAAAACAAAUGCCAGAAUCCAUGUUUUUGCUGAUGUCCCGCACUUACUGAAAUUAGCUAGAAACCAUUUACUCGAUAGUGGGUUCAUACUUCCAAACGGUAAAUUCAUCGGAAAAAAUAUACUCCACGAACUUCUGAAUAUUAACUAUGGUAAAGAUUAUAAAUUUGCUCAUAAAUUAUCCGAGCGACAUCUUUUUGUAGAAGGAUCAGGCCGCAUGAAUGUCAGAUUAGCAGCAAAUGUAUUUUCUAAUUCAGUAUCAAAAGCCAUUGCGUACUGCGGCGAAAAAAAUUAUCUAGAUAAAUAUAACUGGAAAGAGGUGAUUAUAUAA